AUGGCAGGAAAUUCUUCUUCUUAAAACUGCUGCUAUUUCGUAUAGCCUUUCUCUCCCUCUCUCACUCACCACACACACACACACACACACAUUCACUGCGUGUUUGGUUUUCAAGAAACUGCAGAAUCUUUUCUUUUCCCUUUCUCUUCUUGUUACUUGUGGGGAAGAUAUGUUAAAGUAGUCAGAGGCUUGAAGUAAGGAUUGGUCGAAAUGGUUAAAAAAGAUAGGCAAAUUGUAUCACAGAAGUUUAAUGAUUUUGAUGCGAUAUCCUACAAUAAAUUGUGUAAAUUGCUGCGUAAAGACGGCGUGGACAAGACCUACAUGGGCGCUCUGGUGAAAAUAUUUUCCGAGAGGAGUAGGGCGAAGCCAAAUGAAGAGUUGAGAUUAAAUGAUGAUGUUAAUGAGGAUAAGGACGAUCCUGAUUAUAUGCUUAUGUUAGGAAAACUGAAGAAGCAUGGCGACGCGUAUAGAGCUGAAUACGUGAAAGAAGAUGGUUCAAGGGCUAUCAUCAAAUAUGAAGAAGCUUCAAGUUCAGAUACAGAGUGUGAUCAAGAACAAAUAGAUGGACCUUUGGAUCAGAUGCCUCUUGCAGAGGUUCAAGGAAUUCUUGAUUCACACCUUGCUUCGAGUAGGGAGGAGAUCAAGAAGCUGACUGGUAGGAAAAAAAGGAGCAAGUCCAACAAUGAGAGGGAAGAGAAUGCAAAGUUGUUGUCACACUCUACCCGUGCCCCUCACACUCCCGCUGCCAAAGGAGAUUCGGAUUUGGAUAAAAACUCUGGUCAACAACAAUAUAGAAGGAAGUUGAGGAGUUAUAGUACGAAACAAAAUGAUGAGCAUGUCGAUAGGGCGAAGGAGAUGGAAAAGGUAACUAGGACGGAUCCGCUGAGUAAGUCCAAGAGUGGGAAGAAAGAGAAUGUAGUGGUGAUGGAGCCUGAUUCUCGUACCUGCUCACGAAAACGCAAAAAGAAAAAGUUCAAGAGUGAGUACGGUGAUGAGAAAAUCCAACUCGACCCCGAGUAUGACUCACAAAAUCGCAAAAGGAAUAAGUUCAAGAGUGAGUAUGAUGAAGAGGAAAUCCAACUCGACCGUGAUUAUCAUUUAUGGCAUCAAAAACUCAAGCCUGUCAACGAUCAUCUUAUUUAUACUGUCGGGGAUAUUGAAGUAGUGUAUGAACUGAAGAGUGGAGAGCGUGAUUGGAUGAAAGAGGAUGAUGAUGACGACAACAAAUCCUCUGAUGUGGAAAUCAUAGACAUCGAUACAUUCAACAAGCUGAUUAACAGGGGCACAACGGGGAAGUCUGCGUUUAAGGACAAGGUUAUUGCUGCACUUAGAAAACCUUUUGAUUUAGAUGAGUUUAAUAAGCUAUGGAAAGAUAUCAAAAAACCCUCGCUGAAAGGACGCCACUUAGAUCUGCGUAAUGGGAGAGAAAGAUCUGUUGGAAAGCCGGAACCUGGAAAGAGUUAUCUUGAUUUCCAUCCAGCUCUCAAUAAAAAGCUCUCACGAGCGAAAGCGAAAGGCGACCAGCCAAAACAAUUAAACCUUCUUCGAGGAUUCUUCUUAUGGAUUGAGCAGCCAGAGGAAUUCAGCCCUUGGCGCGACAAAGAAUGCGUUGCCGUGCGCUCAGGGUCCGGCUAAGGUGAUAUGUGAAUCAAGAUUAUGUAAAGAUCUCAUCUCUUUUGGCAUGUUUGGAUCAUGUUGGCUAUACUCAAUAUUUUGGUUGUUAAGGAAGUGUCAUUUUUCUGAAUCAAGAUUAUAAUAUCAUUGUCCA